AUGGUGUUCUUGACUGCACAACCUUUGAUAAACUCUCCGUCGGACGGGUGGGUCAAUCAUCUGACUGGUAAGACGCUUCACGACAAAAGCUCGCAAACGCCACCGAGACCACCUCGGAUACCCCCUGAGCGCCAAACAUCUCGCUGCGUGCAGACGGCCGUGCUCGUUGAAAAGGAGACCCAGACGCGUUGCGAUCAUGCGACCCAAAUGUACAGCGACGAUUGCUACGUACAGAGCAUCCACGAUCGAGUGCUCGACGUCAGGCCUUACGAGACAUUCGAGCAGAUGCGAGCUCGCAUGGAUCUGGAUGGAAAAGCUCGGCUGAUUCAGCGCUGCUAUCGGGCCUACAGGGUUCUCCGAUUGAUCAAGGAGAGCGCGCAAAUUUACAGACGACUGCGCGAGGAGUGCGACAGAUUGGAGCAGGAAAAAUUGGAGUAUCUCAAAAAACGAGACGAGGCGGACUGUCGAGCUUUGAACUCGCCUCGCAACCUGGCCGACAUCGACGCGCUCCUCCAUCAUCUGGAAACUCGGCCACCUUCGUUGCCCGGCUGUCUGUCGCCGCGUCAGCGAGGCCUCGAGCUCCUCAAGAUUCGACAGCAGACCUACAAGGAGAUCGACGAGAAGAUGCGGGCCGUGCGCGAGGCGCGCGCCAAGGCGGCCCGCGAGCGUUUCCUGGCCGUCAACUGCCGACCCAAGCGCUGGACGGACUGCAAGGGGCGCCGCAUCGAGAUGACCACUCUGAGAAAUCAAGCCGCCCUCGAGCUCUGGCAGCUGUAUCGAUGGCUCGAGGCGGGCGAGUCCAAGGGCCGAAUGGAGCUGCUCGUCAAGGCCAGAAGCUGCAUCGACGGCCACGAGUGUCGCAGCGCCGACAAAUUGCGCGGCUUGCUUGAUCAGGAGAUUUUCCUGCUCUCGAAAGACGUCAGCGAGGAGAAACUUGAUUUUUUGCGAAAACGAAUACUCGGUUCGUUUCUGCAAUUCGUGAGGACCGUGCACAGCUGCAGGUGUCGUCGGGUCGCGAGCCGCCACGAGUUCCGCGAGCCCCUGCAGAGGAACCGAAUCUUCUGCCUGAGCUGCAAAAAGUUCCGGCCCGCGUGCGACUUUCCCGCGGCGACGCGUAUGCGCGAGACGCUCCGCUGCAAGGCCUGCGUCCGGCUGCGAGUCAACACGCGGGCCACCGUCGAUCUCAAGCCCUUCGCCUACAUCCUCGAGCGAAUCCGCGAGGACGAGGAGUCCCGCGGCAGCUUGGCCGACGCCAUGUCGGCCCUGGACGUGCGCCACCUCGUGCUCAACAUCUGGCACGGCCACUCGGUCCUCAGUGAGUGCGACGAUCCGCGCGAGCUGAGACUGCCCAGGUACGAGGCGAGCAAGCCCUGGAGUCCCUGGAACUGCGUCCUCCUGACCGAGCAGGAGACCGAGGCUCAUUACUGCAUGGCUGCCAGCGGUUGCCUCGCUCAUUACGCAGAACACCUGCAGCGCAAGAUUAGCUUGGCGCACACCACCGCCAAGAUAGAUUUCAGGGGCCUCGUUGCUUUCGAAAGAUGCCAAGGCAUGGAGAAAGAAAAGAUUGGCGGUUGCCAGUCACACUUGGUAGCGCCGCCCGAUAAUAAUAUGCUCUGCGACAAUUGA